AUGCAAGCUGGUUCACCUCCCUAUUCCCAAUCCCAAAAACAUAUUACAUCCAAGAAUAAAAAACCACAUUAAGAACAAUAAAAAGUCAACCUUGGAACAUCCGUUCUCCCCAAUUUCCUCUUUCAACCCCUUAAACCAGUCCUUAAUCUCCACCCCAAAUCAUUUCUUGGGUCAUUCUUUAAAAUUCUGGGUUUCUUUGAGUUUAUUCCAUUCAAUCUCAAUGGAAGGCGGCAGUGAAAAUCAGCAAGAGAAGCAUGCUUAUUCAGUGUGGGGACUUCCACCAGAAGAUUUGAGGCCUAGAUUGAAGAAGUUGAUGGAGAGACUGAGAUCAGAAUUUAAUGGGCCGGAAUUUGAGCCUCACGUGACUGUUGUUGGAGCUAUAAGCUUGACAGAGAAUGAAGCUCGUGAAAAGUUCAACAAGGCUUGUCAGGGGUUGAAGGCUUACAAGGCUAAAGUUGAGAAAGUUGCCACUGGGACUUUCUUUUAUCAGUGUGUUUUUCUUUUACUUGAACCAUCUCCUGAGGUUGUGGAAGCUAGUAAUCAUUGCUGUGGUCAUUUUGGAUACCUGCGCUCAACACCUUACAUGCCACAUUUAAGCCUCCUGUAUGCGGCCACAUCAGAAGAGGAGAAGAAGGCCGCUCAAGAGAGAGCCUGUGCCCUUGAUGAAACCAUUGGCGACUUAGAAUUUGAUUCUCGCCUUGCAUUGUACAAAACAGACACCGAAGACAAAAGCCUGAAGUCAUGGGAAAAAGUUGCUGAGUACCACCUCAUUUCUAACUAGAGUAGCUGAACCUCAGUUAUGUAUCAUAGAACCCUCCUACCUGCUCUUCUGGCUGGUUUGAAGAGACUCUAUGAUUAUAAUGUUUACUAAUAUAAGCAGUCUGGGAGCUGAACAAAUUGUAGGUUUCCCAUAUAGCAGUUGAAACAUUCUGAAUAAAUCAAUUCCAUAAUAAAUUUGCCAUUUUGUAGUUUGUUUUUUUACCA